GAGGAAAUAUCGAUAGUUGUAAUUAUGACAUUUGCUAAGUAAACAAUAAACAAAGUUUACUGUUCUUCUCCUAACUUUCUUUCAACAUAGUUGACAGUAAAUAUUAAUUAAUAGUUUCAAUAAAUAGAAUGUUCAACCUUAAUUAAAAAAAUGUCUGAGCCGGAUAUAGUUGACGACUUUUAUGGUGUUUAUUUACUGUACAAUAUUAACCCUAAGUAUAAGGGACGUACAUAUAUAGGAUAUACUCGAGAUCCAAAUAGAAGAAUAAUGCAACAUAACAGAGGAACAUGGGCAGGAGGGGCACAUCGAACUAACAAUAAGGGCCCUUGGAAAAUGGUGUUGAUAGUUCAUGGAUUUCCAAAUAAUAUUUCAGCAUUGAGGUUUGAAUGGGCUUGGCAAAAUCCAAGUAAAACAACAAGGUUGCAACAUUUAGACCUUAAGAAAAUACCAAGGAAAGAGUCAGAGUUUAGGUUUAAGUUGAGAGUUUUAUCAGAAAUGCUGAGAGUUGGUCCUUGGUGGCGCCUGCCUUUGAGUAUUCGCUGGCUGGAACAAGAAUAUUAUGAAGAAUUUCCUCCUGAAAGGCACCCUCCAGAACACAUGGUAAUCUGCUAUGGUCCAGUGAAGAGCAGAAACCAGAAAGUUGACACAUGUGCCUCUUCCCAAAUGACUUCAUGCAGGUUAUGUUCAGGUGACAUCAAUGAUAAACAUCUCAAAUGCCUCAAUGACAAUUGUAAUCUUGUAGCCCAUAUAAUAUGCUUGGCCGAAAAAUUGUUAACACCAGGAGAAUAUAUACCAAUUGAGGGUAGUUGUCCAUUGUGCAAAAUGUAUGUGAAAUGGGGUGAUUUAUUAAGAAAAAUGAAGAGAUGCCAGUUUAUAGAAGAUAAUACUGUAGAUGGUAAUGUUAGCGAUGAUGAAGUGAUAUUAACUCAGGAUAAGGAAUUUGUUGACAAUAAUUCAUGGUUUUUGGAUUGUAAUGAAGAUUUAUGACGAAAUAAAUUGUUUUGUAGAG